AUGUCAAACUGUGAUGCAGUUGAAGAUACAUUUGAAGAAGUUGAUACAAAUCGAGAUGGAGUUAUUGAUAAAAAGGAAUUAUGUGAUUGGAUGUCAAGAGAUGAACAAUGGACUUCCUCGCCAUAUGAAUCAUCAACUUAUGGAUGCGAUCGCAAAGUCAAUACUCGUAGUCGGCGUGAUCGAUAUGGAUAUAGGGAACCUACAGGAAUAACUAGUAGCCUGAUUAAUUUAAGUGGUCCAGAAGAAACAAGACGAUAUCUUGAAAGAUCAGGUAGUAACAUUUAUAUGGUUCCUGAUCCAAAAAUUAUUCGGCGAUCCUCACCCGAACGUGGAGUAACAUAUGCACAACGAGUUGUUAUUCAAUGUCUUCAACCACCACCUCUUCCGCCACCGGAACCACUGAUUAUUAAAGAAGUGCGUCCAGCACAACCACCACCACCUGAACCACUUGUCAUAUGCGAACGACCAUCAGGUGGUACUACACCACCUCCGCUUAUUUUACGUGAACGGCCACCAAUACCACCACCACGUAUUUCCGGUGGAACAAUUAUUCGUCGUUUGUGUCCUAUACCUGUUCCACCACGAUCACUUAUCAUCAAACGUUUUCCAUCUGCUCCAGCUAAACCACGUGAUAUUAUCAUUGAACGAUGGGCUCCCUAUGGGCCUCAACCUAAACCCCCAGAGAUUGUUCAGCCCGCUCCUCCUCCUAUAAAGUAUCCAGCACCAUUUCAUCAUGUAAUCAUUUAUGAUAAUGUUCAAUCGAAGGUUGUCCGAAAAUUUGAAAGACCUGGUUUUGUUCAGAAAGAUCCUGAAAUGUAUGUAGCUCGUUAUGGGCCAUCUCUUUUGGAUCCACAAACACUUGAGCAACAGGCUCGUAAUGCUGGUGUUACUGAAGAUAUAUCAUGUGCGUCAUUUCCCUGUCAACCAAGGUAUCCUUCACCACGCGAAGAAUUUCCUAAACGUUGCUGCUGUGGUUAUAAUGGUGCUUUUUCUGGCAUUGCUAGGCAUACCCGAUUUGGAUAUAAUGUCGAUGAUCCUAGUGAUAUUUCUGCUAAAAUAUAG